AGAGAGAGAGAGAGAGAGAGAGAGAGAGAGAGAAUUCGUCAACCAUGGCCGAGCAGACUGAAAGAGCGUACCUUAAGCAGCCAAAAGUGUUCCUAAGCUCCAAGAAAUCUGGUAAAGGUAAAAGACCUGGUAAGGGAGGGAACAGGUAUUGGAAGAGUAUUGGUUUGGGAUUCAAGACUCCUCGUGAAGCUAUUGAAGGAACCUACAUCGACAAGAAAUGCCCGUUUACCGGCACCGUUUCCAUCAGGGGUCGCAUCUUAGCUGGUACUUGCCAUAGUGCUAAGAUGGUGAGAACAAUCAUUGUUCGACGGAAUUACCUUCAUUUCAUCAAGAAAUACCAAAGGUAUGAGAAGCGCCACUCGAAUAUCCCGGCACACAUUUCUCCUUGCUUCCGUGUGAAGGAAGGGGAUCACGUCAUUAUCGGGCAAUGCAGGCCAUUGUCGAAGACCGUCAGGUUCAAUGUUUUGAAGGUGAUUCCGGCCGGAUCUUCCGGCGGUGGGAAGAAAGCCUUCACCGGAAUGUAAGGAGAAAAUGAUAUUGUGUUUUGGACAUUGAGAAGUCCUCAACUGUUAGGUUCAUUUACUCUUUGUGUUGAAUAGCCUUGAAUUUUUCGUUACCUUAGUAUGAAUCUGUUUUCGAAGAAUAUAUCUUUCACUUGCUUUUUAUAUUAUGGAUGGAAUUUCUGGUUUA